UAAAAAACAAAGUUAUAAAUAAAAUAGCUUUUGAGUUUUCCAUCAUGUAUUUCGGUUGUUAAAUGUAGUUUAUUUGUGAUUUUUUUAAUAGGCAACCGCGAAAAUGCUGAUCCCUCCCCAAGGGCGUCUCCGAUGUGGAGUUUUCUUCCGCCAAACUCAAUCUGUCAUCGUUCGCCACUACGCCAAGAAAGGCAAAGAAGUGGACAAGGCGACCUUAGCGGAAAUGGAAAAGCAAUACCAGAAGUUUGCCAACACUUCCUCCAAAUCGCUGCUGAAGAAGCACCUCACCAAGGAGAUCUUCGAUAAGCUGAAGACUAGGACGACGCCCUCGUUCAACUCCACGCUGCUGCACUGCAUCAAUUCGGGUAUGUGCAACCCCGACUCCGGUGUCGGUAUCUACGCCCCGGAUGCCGAGUCAUAUAAGGUUUUCGGCGCCAUCUUUGACCCUAUAAUUGAGGAGUACCAUCGGGGAUUCAAGAAGACUGACAAGCACCCGGAAUCCUGCUAUGGCAGCGGUAAGGACUUCGCCAACCUGGACCCAGACAACGCGUUCAUUGUAUCCACCCGGGUGCGUUGCGGUCGAUCCGUGCAGGGGUAUCCCUUCAAUCCGUGCCUGACCGAGCAGCAGUACGCGGAGCUGGAGUACAAGCUCUGUUCAGCCCUGCACUCCCUCGAGGGCGAGUAUUACGGUAGCUACAUGCCCCUCGCUGGAAUGGACAAACAGAUGCAGCAGAAGCUCAUCGACGACCACUUCCUCUUCAAGGAGGGCGAUCGAUUCCUAGAGGCAGCAGGUGCCUCUCGCUUCUGGCCCAACGGCAGAGGCAUCUUCUUCAACAAAAAGAGGAACUUCCUGGUGUGGGUCAACGAGGAAGAUCACAUCCGCAUCAUCUCGAUGGAAAAGGGAGGAGAUCUGGGCAGGGUCUACGAUCGCAUGAUUGGCGGCGUGGAGGCGCUCGGCAAGAAGGUCAAAUUCAGCCGGGACGAGCGCCUGGGCUUCCUCACAUUCUGUCCCACGAAUCUCGGCACCAGCAUUCGCGCCUCUGUGCACAUCAAGCUGCCCAAGCUCAACGAGAACAAGGAAAAGAUGCAGAAGCUGGCGGACAAGUACCACCUGCAGGUCCGCGGCACCAGUGGAGAGCAUUCCGAGGCCAAGGGCGGGGUGCACGAUAUCUCCAACAAGCGGCGCAUGGGCCUCACGGAGUACGAGGCCAUCAAGGAGAUGCAUGACGGGAUCAAGGCCCUGAUUAAAGCGGAGUGUAAUGCCUAAGACCGAGCUAAUUCAAAAGUAAUCUAAAUUCUAGUAGAUAAAACAAAUUUUUCCUUUACUGUAUAUUGUUCUAAAAACCAACUUAGAAAUGUAAUUUAAUAUAUCUUUUAAAUAUUACAGUUAAA